AUGCAACCCAAGUCUGAAACUACAAAUCAAGUGAGGUCGGAUCCUCAUUCCUUACAGGCUGGUGGUGUUGGUGGUGUUUACUCUGAACCUUGGUGGCGUGGUGUUGGAUACAAUCCUGUAGUUCAAACAAUGUCUGGUGCCAAUUCAUCUUCUCUUGACUGUGCCAAUGGUGAUUCAGAAUCCAAUGAGGAAGGCCAGUCUAGGUCCAAUAGUGGGAUGAAUGAGGAAGAUGAUGAUGCCGCUAAGGAUUUGCAGCCUGCUGCUCCUAAUCAAUCAGGAAACUAUGGGCAAGAACAACAAGGAAUGCAGCACACUGCAUCAUCCGCACUUAUUACUGUUCCCGAAGAGGGCCUCACACAGACUCCUCCGAUGGAGCUUGUUGGUCAUUCAAUUGCAUGUGCUACAAAUCCUUAUCAGGAUCCGUAUUAUGGAGGCAUGAUGGCAGCUUAUGGUCACCAGCAGUUGGCAUAUCAUCCUUUUAUAGGAAUGCCUCAUCCCAGAAUGCCUUUGCCCCUCGAGAUGGCUCAGGAACCUGUUUAUGUGAAUGCCAAACAAUACCAAGGAAUUCUGAGGCGAAGACAAGCUCGUGCUAAAGCAGAGCUUGAAAGGAAGCUCAUAAAAUCUAGAAAGCCAUAUCUUCACGAAUCUAGACAUCAGCAUGCUAUGAGAAGAGCAAGAGGCACAGGAGGACGAUUUGCAAAGAAAACUGAUGGCGAAGGCUCAAACAACUCAGGAAAGGAUAAUGGCUCAGGUCCAGUCCUGUCAUCACAGUCAAUUAGUUCAUCUGGUUCAGAACCCUUGCCUUCAGACUCUGCGGAAACCUGGAAUUCUCCCAACAUGCGACAAGAUGCAAGAGGAUCGAAUGAAAACAGUGGUGUCUCCUAUCAUAAUAACAACAAUGGUAUGCAAUCUUCAAGAUAUCAAGGUGAAAGAGUGGAUGAAGGGGACUGUUCAGGGCAACUACGCGGAAGCAUCUCCACGAACGAGGCAUCACAGAGGCGUCUUGCUAUUCAGUAG